AUGAAGCUGAACAUUUCCUACCCUGCCAACGGCAGCCAGAAGCUCAUCGAGGUUGAAGAUGAGCGCAAGCUCAAUGCCUUCAUGGAGAAGCGCAUGGGCGUUGAGGUUGCCGGCGACUCCCUCGGCGACGAGUUCAAGGGCUACAUCUUCCGCAUCACCGGCGGCAACGACAAGCAGGGUUUCCCCAUGAAGCAGGGUGUCAUGGCCCCCAACCGUGUGCGCCUCCUGCUUGCCACCGGCCACUCGUGCUACCGCCCCCGCCGCACCGGCGAGCGCAAGCGCAAGUCGGUCCGCGGCUGCAUCACCGGCAUGGACCUCUCCGUCCUCGCCCUCUCCGUCGUCAAGCAGGGCGAGGCCGACAUCCCCGGCCUCACCGACGUCGUCCACCCCAAGCGCCUCGGCCCCAAGCGCGCCACCAAGAUCCGCCGCUUCUUCGGCCUCACCAAGGAUGACGAUGUCCGCAAGUACGUCAUUCGCCGCGAGGUCCAGCCCAAGGGCGAGGGCAAGUCCGCCUACACCAAGGCCCCCAAGAUCCAGAGACUCGUCACCCCCCAGCGUCUCCAGCACAAGCGCCACCGCGCCGCCCUCAAGCGCCGCCAGGCCGAGAAGGUCAAGGACGAGGCGAACGAGUACGCUCAGAUCCUCGCCAAGCGUGUUGCCGAGGCCAAGGCGAACAAGGCCGACGCCCGCAAGCGUCGCGCCUCCUCCAUGCGCAAGUAG